AUGGACAAAAUCCUAGACGGAUUCGAACCCCAUACCACUGAAGAUCCCGCUCCAAUCCGCCGGUGGCGAACAGAAUCCGCACCCAUCAAUCCCUCAAAUAUCAACUCUCAACCUUUCGUCGGCCGCAUCGGCGGCAACCAACUCCACGCAAUCUCCCAAUCCGACCCAGAGUACGAGAAGCUCCAAGAAACGCACCCCGAUGCGGUCCAAUCUCCCAAAUGGAAAGGCAUCCUAAGUCUUCGGCCAUUCAAAGAUGUGCAUCUCUGGCGAAACGCAUGUCUUGAAGGCGUUGGAUUGUGUUGCUGGGUCUUUAUCGCUGGACUCGUGUCUCAUGGGACCUCUAGUCUGUCAACAGCAACUUCGCUGGGCCCCAUCCUGCCGGUUGGGAUCGCUGCUAUCGUGCAGUUCCUCAUCGUCACGCUUUUUAUCUUCAACCUUGGGCCGGUCACGGGCGCACAUUUGUCGCCGCUGAUAACUUUCGCUACCUUCCUUGCAAAGCUCACCUCACUACCUAGAAUGACCCUGUACAUAACUUUCCAAUGUAUUGGAGGCGUGGUUGGGGCAUUCGUCCUCCGUGCGGCUCUUGGGGGUGAGCCAGCAGCGCUUAUCUUCUCGCCAGGCUGCUAUGUCGACCCCACGGAAGUGCCAGCCAGUCAAGUCUUCGCGCUCGAGACGAUGGGGUCUCUUGUUGUUCUCUUCCUCGCCUUUGGACUUGGUCUCGAUCCACGGAAUCAAGGCAGUUUUGGUGCUCCACUUGGUCCAUUCCUUGUUGGUAUCUCUGCAGCAAUUGCGCUUUUUGCAGGAGGAAUUGCAAGACCAGGAUAUCUAGGCUUGUCGUGUAAUCCAGCACGGUGUCUGGGAUUAAUGGCCGCGUCACAUCGAUUCACGUAUCAUUGGGUGCAUUGGGUCGGGGACUUGACGGCUUGUGUUGUGCAUGCUUUCAUAUAUUAUGCUGUUCCACCUUUUUGCAAUCAGCGGAUCCAGGAUUGA